AUGUUUGAGGAAAUCACUACUGUUAUCUUGUUUGUUGAUGUCUUGAAAGGUCCAAUGUAUAACACUUCAUUUGUUUCCUGGUUAUGCUUUGAUUAUGUGAGUUCAUGUCAUUGUCUUGUUCAUGAACUUAUUUUUGCGGUUUUGAGGGAUAACUUUCUAGAUACUCCAUGCUGUUUUCAGGGGUUUCUUCAUUUCGUUUUUCAAAGUGCUUAUCCUAGUAUUGUGGUUCAGAAUUUAAAAUUGUUAAUAAAAUCAUUAUUAAUUAAAAUAUGCCUAAUUAAUCCUUACCUUGUAGAAGAUCCAGAUAAUUUUGUGCCUGCUAACCCUUUAGAAACGCCAGUCGACAUCCGACCAGAAUUAUAA